CAUUUUCCCUCCUACAAAUCCCGGCUCCUCGUUUCUCCUCCUCUUUCCCAAACCCCAGAGCUGCUGGGCAGCCAGAUCCACACCCAUGUCCAUGGUGAGAGGGACCCCCACAAAACCUCCUUUCCUCCUCCUCCUCCUCCACCUUUCUGCCCACCUUUCAACCCUGUUUUUCCCUCCAGGAAUCCCUGCUCCUCGUUUUUCCUUUUGCAAAUCCCUGCUCCUCAUUUUCCCUUCUGAGAAUCCCUGCUCCUCAUUUUCCCUCCUACAAAUCCCUGCUCUUCGUUUUUCCUUCUGCUUUCCCAAACCCCACAGCCCCAGCACCGUUUUGAUGCAAUCUGUGGGCAAAACCCUCUCUGGGCUUUGCAGAGCUGCACAAAUCCCUGGAAAGCCUUGAACACCCUUGUAUUUACCCCAGCCCAGGGUGGGUCUGACCCGCUGGGCUCAGCAGAUCCAGGGGCACCUCAGGGAGGUGAGGAGAGCAGAGGGAUGAGCAGGAGCCUGGGGAGGGACUGCAAAGUAAGGGAAGAACACAAAACCUCUUGACCAAAACCUUGGGAAAGUGGGAAAUCCCCACCGCGCCAACCCCGCUUCCCUAAACAAACUCAACACUGAACCUUGGAAUAAUCAUUCCCCCCAAGGGAAAAAGAAGGUGAAAAGCUCAUUCCAGGCUCGAUUCUGGUCGGUGGUGCUGUUGCAAAUCCCAGCCUCAAUAUUCAAGCCAAGCAGCGCAGCUCCAGCUCCCCUGGCACCUCUCCAGGCCAAAUCUCUUCCCAGCGGAAUCCCCAGAUCCAAGAAACCAGGAAACCAAACCAGUUUUUCCAUGUGUAAUUAAAAGCAAUUGAAGGAUUUAAGGAACACCCAGGCGGGAGCAAAGGAGCGCUCGGAUUUCCUCCCCGCUCGCCAAGGGUGCAGGUUUGGUGGGACCGGAGGCAUCCGAGAAACCUGAUCAACGCGAGGUCUCGGGUGUCGGGCCAAAGAGCCCAAAAAUAAUAACCUGGAAAGGCAGGGAAAUUCGGGAAAAGGAGAGGGGAAGAGCAAGGGCACAUCGGACUGGGAGCAGGGCAGCACUGGCAGCUUUGGGGCUGGAUAAAAUCCCCCAAAAAUUAGAGUUUCCCGUGGAAGAGCCUCUCGGGGGAUGGCCACAGUGUUUUGAGGAGCUGUUAGACGCCAUGCUGGAAAAGGAACCAGGAUUUCUCCAUGGAAGUGAGAACCCAGGGCGGCCCCGGCCGGGGCCGUGGCCUUUGGCGUGAAGCACACGGAGGGGGUCAGCGUGGACGUGCUGUUCCGCGGCCGCGCCGAGCCCGAGGCAGUGCCCGGCGCCGGAGCGCGGUGGCCGCUGGACGAGGGGACGGUGCUGAGGUUCAGCAUGAACCGGGCCAGCUCCGAGGUCAAUGACAACAAGGUCACCGUCAGCUUUUAUGCAGAGGGAGGGAAGCCCAUCAACCAAGCCGGGGUGUUCCUCACCGGCGUCGGGAUCUCCCUGGAUGUGGACGCGGAUCGGGAUGGAGUGGUGGAAAAGAACAGCCCCAACAAGGCGAGCUGGGCCUGGGGACCAGAGGGACACGGGGCCAUCCUGCUGGUCAGCUGUGACAAGGAUUUUCCCUUCAUCCCGCCCUCCGACUGCGACAGCGAGCAGGUGUUCAACAGGGAAGAUUUGCUGGACAUGGCUCAGAUGGUGCUGAGGACAGAGGGGCCCCAGCGCCUGCCCCGGGGCUAUGAAAUCGUCCUCUCCAUUUCCGUCAGCGACGCCGACAAAGUUGGGGUCUUCCAUGUGCAGAAUCCCUUCUUCGGGCAGCGCUACGUGCAGGUGCUGGGCCGCAGGAAGCUGUUCCACACCGUGCCCUACCCCGGCGGGGCCGCCGAGCUCCACUUCUUCGUGGAGGGGCUGCGCUUCCCCGACGAGACCUUCUCCGGGCUGGUGUCCAUCCACGUCAGCCUCCUGGAGCCACUGGCUGAGGGCAUCCCCCACUCGCCAAUCUUCACGGACACUGUGGUGUUUCGGGUGGCACCGUGGAUCAUGACCCCCAACACCCUGGCCCCGGUGAACCUCUUGGUGUGCAGCAUGAAGGACAACUACCUGUUCACCAAGGAGAUCCAGAGCCUGGUGGCCAAGGCCGGCUGCAAGCUGAAGGUUUGCUUCGGCUAUAUCAACCGUGGCGACCGCUGGAUGCAGGAUGAGAUCGAGCUCGGCUACACCCAGGCUCCCCACAAGAGCUUCCCAGUGGUGCUGGACUCCCCUCGGGAGAGAGGGAUGGAGCAACUCCCAGUCAAGGAGCUGCUGGGCCCCGAUUUCGGCUACGUGCACAAGGAGCCCCUCUUUGAGGCCAUGGCCAGCCUGGACUCCUUCGGGAACGUGGAGGUCAGCCCGCCCGUGUCCGUGGCUGGCAAGGAGUAUCCCUUGGGAAGGAUCCUCAUCGGCAGCAGCUUCCCUGCAUCCGCGGGCCGCAGGAUGACCAGGCUGGUGCGGGAUUUCCUCUACGCCCAGCUCGUCCAGGCCCCUGUGGAACUCUACUCUGACUGGCUGGCUGUGGGCAAUGUCAACGAGUUUGUCAACUUUGUCCCCACUUCCGACAAAAAGCGAUUCCGGAUGCUGCUGGCCAGCCCGGCCGCCUGCUACCGGCUCUUCCGCGAGAAGCAGAAGGAGGGACAGGGAGAAGCCACCAUGUUCAAAGGGUACUCGGGGACAGACACCAAGCGCGUCACCAUCAACAAGGUGCUGUCCAACGAUGUCCUGGCGCAGCAGAACCAGUACGUGCAGCGCUGCAUCGACUGGAACAGGGAUAUCCUCAAGAAGGAGCUGGGCUUGCUGGAGGAGGACAUCAUCGACCUGCCAGCCCUCUUCAAACUGGACAAGCAGGGAAAAGCCAUUCCCUACUUCCCCAACACGGUCACCAUGAUCGUGCUGGCCAGGGACCUGGGCAUCCCCCAGCCCUUCAGUGUCACCCAUUCUGACACCAAUGUCCCCUGGUGUCACCCCGCAGGUCACCAUGAUCGUGCUGGCCAGGGACCUGGGCAUCCCCAAGCCAUUUGGCCCGAUGGCAGGCGGCGAGUGCUGCCUGGAGCGGCGGAUCCGCGCGCUGCUGGAGCCGCUGGGGCUGUGCUGCCGCUUCCUGGAGGACGUGGCCUCGUACCACGGCAGCCUGGGCGAGGUGCGCUGCGGCACCAGCGUCCAGCGCCGGCCCUUCGCCUUCCAGUGGUGGCACUUCACGCCGUAGCCAGGCCUCUUCGUCCUCCUCUUCCUCCUCUUCCUCCUCCUUCUCCCUCCACAUUUGCUCCCAGAGUGUGUUGCUUGUGAUUCUCUUAAUAAAUGAAUUUGCUGUGAGGAAAAA